CAAUCGCCAAAACAAUAAAUCAAGUCCCCAGCGCCCAUUCGAACACUAGGGCUAACUCUCACAAGGAGGCUUUGACAGCUGGCUCUCGCUGGCCGAAUCGGGGGGGGGGUUUCCGGAUUGGUCGUUAAAGAAUGCCGGGACGCCCCGUCUGGCAGCAAGCCUUCACGGGUUAAUUCUGAGGUCAAGAAGGAGAGAAAAUGACCGAGCCCCGGGCGCUGGCGUGGCCCGGAAGUGCCUGUGGUUCCCUGCCUCAGCUCCGCCGAGCCCGCUCCGGGAGUUCCGCUCGGGGCUUUCUCGGUUCUGGAGGGCGAGGGCUCCCAGCAGCCUUUUCUCGCGUCAUCUUUCCCGGGGCCGGGGCUGCCUGGGGCUGCCCAGGAAUUUCCUGAAAAAUCAAAACCCCCAGCUGGAGUGAGCCCCCAAUGAACUAUUCCAGUUCAGAAUGGCAACAGGAUCACGGGGUGCUACAGCCUUGAACAAUCAAACUCCUAAAAAACAGUUAGGGUUUCUGGCAGUGAAGAUGGAAGAAGAGGAGGAACACAGCUAUAUUCGGAAACCUAAUCUGCACAGAAGCAAUUCCUCUAACUGGGAGAUGUCUAGGCAUCGAUUCAGGAAUUUUUGCUACCAAGACACUCCUGGGCCCCGGGAGGCCCUGAGUCAGCUCAGGGAGCUUUGCUGUCUGUGGCUGAGGCCAGAAAGAUGUACAAAAGAACAGAUCCUGGAAAUGCUAGUGCUGGAACAAUUCCUGAGUAUCCUACCUGAGGAGCUCCAGUCUUGGGUCCUGAACCAUCAUCCAGAGACUGGAGAGGAGGCAGUGAGCCUGUUGGAAGAUUUGGAAAAAGAGUUUGAUGAAUCAGGACAGCAGGUCCCAACCAGUAUACAGGGAAAAGAAAGGCUCUGGAACAAGAUGACUCCUCUGAGCUCAGCCCAGGAAUCUCAGUGGAGUAUUCAGCUCCAGCGUGUGGAGCCCAAAUUUAAGUGUGAAUCUCAGGAACUCCACUCCCUCCAAGAGAGAGCCCUCCAAGUUCCUGCCUGCUUCCCAAAAGAGAGCUAUAAAGACCCAGAAACAGCAGUUGUGCUUCCUACUCCAAGGCUUCAGGGGUUGCUGAAGAUGGAGGAUAAAGUUUUGUCUCUAACCUCGGAUGAAUGGGGGCAUCUGGAACCAUCUGAAAUGAACCUCUACAGAAGUAACAGUCAGGAGAAUUAUGGGGACAUGAUUUCCUUGAAUGGUGAACUAAGUAUGGAUAUCAGAAAAUCAGUUAAAAAAAAAGAACUUCUUGAAGAAUUGCACCCACUUUGCCACCUUAGUGGAGAAGUUCCCAAGGGUCUAGAGGGUGGAGAGUCUGGUGAACAAGAAAGCAGGUUAGAAAAAAAGCAGAGAAACUCUACUGGAAGAAGACAGUAUAAAUGUGAUGAAUGUGGGAAGUGUUUUGCUCAAAGUUCAGGUUUGAGUAAGCACAGAAGAAUUCACACUGGAGAAAAACCUUAUGAGUGUGAUGCAUGUGGGAAAGCCUUCAUUGGGAGUUCAGCCCUUGUUAUACACCAGAGAAUCCACACUGGAGAAAAACCUUAUGAGUGUGAAGAAUGUGGAAAAGCCUUCAGUCACAGCUCAGAUCUAAUUAAACAUCAGAGAAUCCACACAGGGGAGAAACCCUAUGAAUGUGAUAACUGUGGGAAAACUUUCAGUCAGAGCUGCAGCCUUCUUGAACAUCACCGAAUCCAUACUGGGGAGAAACCAUAUCAGUGUAGUAAAUGUGGAAAAGCUUUCAGGCGGAGUUCACAUCUUCUCAGACAUCAGAGAAUCCACAUUGGAGAGAAACUACAUAAUUGUAAUCACUGUGGGCUGAGUUUUGCUUGGAAUUCAGUUCUUAUUAGGCAUCAAAGAAUUCACAGUUUGGAAAAACCUUAUGAAUGUGAUGAGUGUGGAAAAACCUUCAGUGUGUGUUCAGCCCUUUUUCUACAUCAGAGAAUUCAUACUGGGGAUAAAUUCUAUCCAUGUAAUUGUUGUAGUAAAAGUUUUAGUCGGAGCUCUGACCUUAUUAAACAUCAAAGAAUUCAUACUGGGGAGAAACCUUAUAGAUGUGAAGAGUGUGGGAAAGCCUUUCGCCAGAGCUCAGAUCUUAUUCUUCACCAGAGAAUUCACACUGGAGAAAAACCUUAUCAUUGUGACCAGUGCAGUAAAAGUUUUAGUCGGCGUUCAGAUCUUGUUAAGCAUCAGAGAAUUCACACUGGGGAGAAACCCUAUCCAUGUAACCAGUGUGGCAAAGGUUUUAGCCAGAGUUCAGAUGUUAUAAAACAUCAAAGGAUUCACACUGGGGAAAAACCAUAUAAAUGUGAUGUGUGUGUAAAAGCCUUUAGUCAGAGUUCAGAUCUUAUUCUACAUCAGAGAACUCACACUGGGGAAAAACCGUAUCGAUGUAAGCAGUGUAAUAAAAGUUUUAGUCAGAAUUCAGAUCUUAUUAAACAUAUAAGGAUUCACACUGGAGAAAAACCUUAUAAAUGCAAUGAAUGUGGGAAAGCCUUUAAUCAGAGCUCUGUUCUUAUUUUACAUCAAAGAAUUCACACUGGGGAGAAACCUUAUCCAUGUAGUCAGUGUAGCAAAACCUUUCGUCGACUCUCAGACCUUAUGAAUCAUCAACGAAUUCAUACUGGGGAAAGACCUUAUCCAUGUAAUCAGUGUAAUAAAAAUUUUAGUAGGCAGUCAGACCUUAUUAAACAUUAUAGAACCCACACUGGGGAGAAACCUUAUGAAUGUGAUGAAUGUGGGAAAACUUUCAGUCAAAGUUCUAAUCUUAUUCUGCAUCAGAGAAUCCAUACUGGAGAAAAACCCUAUUUGUGUAAUCAGUGUAGUAAAAAAUUUAGUCGUCACUCAGACCUUAUUAAACAUCAGAGAAUUCACACUGGGGAAAAACCUUAUGUGUGUAAUCACUGUGAUAAAAGUUUUAGUCAGAGCUCAGAUCUCACAAAACAUCAGCAAAUCCAUACUGGAAAAAUAUCUUAUAAAUGUAAAGAAUAUAAAGUCUUAAGUCAGAACUCAAACCUCAUUCUUCAUCAGAAGAUCCACAGUGAAGAGAAACAUUAUCAAGGCAAUCAGUGCAACAAAAGUUUUACUCAGAACUCAGAUUUUAUUAAACAUCAAAGAAUACACCCUGGAAAGAAUUCCUCCAGAUGCAUUGAAUGUGGGAAAACCUUUAUUCAAUGAUCACCUCAAUGUAGUGAAAGUUUUAGUCUGUACUCCAGUCUUAUUCAUCACCAGAAAAUCCAGGGGGAGAACCAUUUAAAUGUGAGAAAUGAGGAAAAACCUUUAGUGUAUGUGUAAAACUUACUGACCAUCAGAAAAUGCACAUUGGAGUAAAAUCCCAUGAAUGUAAUAAGAGUAGUAAACGUUUUAAUAAAUGCUCUGAUUUUACUAAUCAUAAAAAAAGCCACAAUGGAAAGAAAUCCUCUUAAUGUAGCCAGUAUACAAGCCUUCAAUGUAUAUGCACAUGUUUUUCAACACCAGAGAAUUCACACUGAAGAACUCUUACUAAUGGCAUGAGUGGGAUACUCUUUAACCUGAAUUCAGCUCCCAUUCUCUAUCAGUGAAUUUACAGUAGGGAGCAAUUUUAUUCAUGUAACAAAUAUACAAAAAUUUUAGUCAGGGCUCAGAUGUCUUAUAAACAUCAAAAACCACAUAACAGAAAGUGAUGAAAAGGAAGGCCCUUAACCUAAAACCUAUUUAAUGUUACAAAAUUUGAAAUGGGGAGAAACUCCCAAGUAUGAUGUCAUUAUAAUAAGAGUUUUAAUCAUACAAUUGAAUACUGUGAUAUCCACAAAAUAAAAGAACCCGUGUAAGGAAUGUAGAAAAGCUCUUUAAUGAUAUUUUGCUAUUUAAAAAAUAUCCCACAAAUUACAAUAAAAAAAAAUCUUGGUAAACAUUCAUAUAUACCUCUCAUCUGAGAAGGCUCAAAAAAGAAAAAUCCUAAUAAUUUAAUUGAUUAAAUAGGAUUUAGUGAACACAUACAUUCCAUUUAAUAUUGAGAAGCCAUACCGGGAUCUUGGAAAAAACUUUAAUCAAUAUUGUAUUGUGCUUGACUUUUAGUAUAGUGCUUUUCUUGCUCCAAGAAAUUUUGAGAGUCCUAGCCAUAUAUGGGGAAGCCAUUCCUAUAUUCUCUUACAUGUGGACAUACUAUACUUAGUUUUCAUUAUUGUGAGAGCUAUGGGAUUCAGUUUUCUCUCAGAAGUUCCUCUUUAACCAUCUUCACAUAUAUAUACCCAUGAUAGUGAUAUAUGAGCAUAUGAAUCCCUAUAUGAGAGCAAAAAAUUGGAGCCACUAUUUAGUGGUCAGGAAGAUGAGUUCAAAUACAGCCGCAGACAAAUUGUAUAACUUUGAGCAACUCAAUUAACCUAUAUUUUGCUUCAUUUUCCUCGUCUGUGAAAUGAGGGUAAUAUUAGCACCUA